CUCCUCCUCCUCCUCCUCCUCCUUGUACUUUCUUUCUGUUUUUUCUUUUUUCUUUUUUUUUCUUAUUUUCCUUCUUCCUUUGCUGUGGACGGGAAAUAUCUGUUAGUUCAGAGGAGGAUCGCUGAAGCCCGUUUCUCUCUCACCGCGGUGAUGAAUAUGAUGGCGGUAGGGAGAUGAAGAUUCUUUACUAUUGACGGUUCGGCUGGCCUGGGAUCCUAGUGAGGAGCGGGCGACCAAAAGAAUGGGAGUCCAGGUCGCCGCGGGGUCCCGCCUGCAUUUGUCGCAGCUGUUACCCCAUGGCCUCUCCUCCUCCUCCUCCUCCUCCUCCUCCGUCCAAGCAUUCGCUGCUUCUGUGGGAUCAUCCGUCUCUUCUACAAGGAAAGCAGCCUUCCACGGCUCCGAUCGCUCAAUCGCUUGUCAGGUCGUCGCGCUCCGGUCGCCUUUCCUCGGCACCGGAUACAGCAAGCUGCUGAGGACGCGGCCCUCGGAUGCCAGGGGGAGAGGCGGGCAGCCGGCGCCGCCGAGGCCUUUUAACGCGAGACUGCCCGGCAGCGACGACGAGGGUGAGGAGGGGGAAUUCGCGAGGAGGCUUCGGGAAUUCGCCCGUCGCCUUCGAAACGAAGAUGCCGAUGGCUUCGUCGUAGAUCCUGAUCUGAGAAAUGAAGACGCGGCCGGACGGUGCGGCAGUUCCCAUUUCCCCUCCGCUUCGCCAUUCUCCGCCGCGGACGAGCACGGGACCGUGCGUCCCUGGCUGGUAAGGGGGCCGGAGUGGCCCGAUCGGGACGACAUGGUGGUCGCGGCGACCGUGGAGCGGAAGGCGAACAGCGUGGAGAUGCCGCUGUCUCUGCGGAUCAUAAAGCAGAAGAAGAAGCAGCAGCAGCAGCAGCAGCAGGAGCAGCAGCAGCAGCAUCAGCAUCAUCAGGAGCGGCAGGAGGGCUUGUUCGGGGAGUCGGCGUGCUGCUGCUCCGUGAAGAAGGCCUUCUCCUCCCUCGUCUUCAUCAUCCGCGAGCUCCACAGCUACACCCUCCACAGCAUGAACAUGCAGGAGCUCCUCGAAGCCCCCCAGGGGAUCCUCGCCCGCGUCAACCAGGAGAUCCACGCCUCCUUCGUCUGGCUCUUCCAGCAGGUCUUCUCCUGCACCCCGACCCUCAUGGUCUCCGUCAUGCUCCUCCUCGCCGACUUCACCGUCUACUCCAUGGCCCGCAACGCCUACGCCGCACCGCCGACGCCGACCCAAUCCGCCGUCGCCGUCGUCGAGAGCGGCCACCAGCAGAAGCUGCAGCGGCGGUUCGACUCGGCGUCCGUCAAGACGUUCUCCGUCGGGCGGACGGCAUCCGUCGGAGGAGGAAGCGGCGGCGGAAGUAAGGUUCGGCCGGUGGCUGGGGCGACCGACGACGGGCGAUCGGACGGCUCCUCCUCUUCGUCCUGCUAUCAGAGCCGUACGAUUCUUCCCCAUGGGACCUCGGCUGUUCGAGCUGCGGUGACAGGGGAAGGAGGAUUGGAAGAGGAUGCAGCUGCGGCGCCGGCCACGGAGGGAGAUGAGGAGACGGUUUGGAAGAGGGUGGUGGAAGAAGCUUCCAGAAUGCAAGCAACCACGAGGGAUGAGUCUCUCAUGGAUCCGGAGACACUGAAAUGGCUCGUUGCGCCCUUUACCGCAGAGUUGGCGGCAGACGAUGAUUAUGCGGAAUACUUGAGGACGGAGCUCCUGUAUCAGCAGGCAUUGUCGGAGGAUCCGGGGAACCCUCUCCUCCUCUGUAACUUUGCUCAGUUCCUCUAUCUCGUUCUCCGCGAUCAUGACAGAUCGGAAUACUACUUUAAGAGGGCAGUGGGUAUUGAGCCAGUGGAUGCGGAGUCGCUGAGCCAGUACGCACGGUUUCUGUGGUUGGCCCGGAAGGAUCUGGGCACGGCGGAGGAGAACUACCUGCAAGCCAUCAGCGUUGAUCCAGGCAACUGCUACCACACGGCCAAUUAUGCCCAUUUUCUCUGGUGCACUGGUGGGGAUGACACCUGCUACCCGCUUGGUGCAUAACUAGUUUUGAUGUACAAAUUCAAGUACUUCUGCGCCAUUUAAGAUGUGUGGAUUGCAUGAGCUGGUGGGAGAUGCAUUGAUGUAAGCGGCGACAACACAGUAUAGAUAGGAGUUUGAAAGGAGGCAAGUGCAGACGCCCGAUACUAAAUAUUUUAGCUAUCUAAGCUGAAAGUUUGACUUGUUCAGUGUAAUUACUGGGCUGACCCACCACUGCAACUGGUUUGGGAGUCCAAAUCAUGAUCGCAAAGGCCGAGAACUUAGUAAGUUAUCUCCGGUUGCUGUUAGUUCGUGGGUUGGUCUGAUUUUGCGGAUGGGGAUCUUCUUUUGAGAGUUUUGUCCAUCGGCGGGUGGUGGCCUGGUGGGGCUGCUGCAAACUGCCUUGUAUGCCUUGGUUAUGUAGCAAUAAGAUAAGAGCCGUGCUGUUCUAAGGUCAAAAAGCAGUGAAGUUCUUGUAAUUAGCAGUAAUCAUUAAUAAUAAUAAAUUUUUCGUUGUCAGUGUCUAA